AUGGCACAGGCGCAAUGGCAAGGGACGGCUCAUGUCAAGGGCUCCAGCGAGUCUAUGCGCAUGCUGCUGCUGACAUUCAGCUUAAUUGGCUUACAAUUUACAUGGGGCACUGAAAUGACUUAUUGCACUCCGUAUCUAUUGCAGCUUGGUCUUACCAAAAGCAAGCUUUCGCUUGUUUGGAUCGCAGGACCAUUGUCAGGAUUGAUCAUGCAGCCGAUCGUAGGCAUUAUGGCCGACAAAAGUACCAGCAAAUGGGGUCGACGACGACCGGUCAUGGUCGGUGGUACGGUAGUUGUGAGCAUUUGUCUCUUGAUCCUGGGCUGGACUAAAGAGAUCGUUGCUACAUUCGUCGAAGAAGGAGAACUGAGGCGUGAAGCGACCAUCUUUCUGGCCGUUCUGUCCAUUUAUGCUCUUGACUUUGCAAUCAACGCUGUACAAUCAUCGUGUCGCAGCCUUAUCGUGGACACUCUGCCCAUUCCAAAGCAACAAUUGGGCUCUGCCUGGGCAAGCAGAAUGGUGGCUGUUGGACACCUCAUUGGUUAUGGCGCCGGAGCCCUGGAUCUGGGCUUGAUCUUCGGAACCCUCAUUGGCGAUACUCAAUUCAAACAGCUUACUGUCAUCGCUGCUGUCGCUCUCAUAGUGGCCAUUGGAGUCACAUGCUGGGCCGUCGACGAACGCGUGCUUAUUGCUAGAGGAGACGGCGUCAAGGAUGAAGGCUUGGUGGCGGUGCUUGCCCAAAUUAUGAAAACCACCAGGAAUCUACCAAGUAGAAUUCAGAUGAUCUGUUGGAUACAAUUUUGGUCAUGGAUUGGCUGGUUUCCGUUCCUCUUCUACAGCACCACCUGGGUUGGAGAAAUCUACCUCAGAUAUGACGCACCCCCUGAGAUCAAGCAAUCCAAGGAUCCGCUGUCAGAUAUUGGACGUGUUGGCAGCAUGUCAUUGAUCGUGUUCUCCAUUGUCACAUUUAUUGGCUCAAUCGCGCUUCCAUGGAUGGUCAAGUCUCCGGAAGAUGACAAACCGGACUUUACACCUAGACCACCUGCAAGUAUUGCUCCGAUUGUCAAAACGGUCGUGGAGCGCAAACCCAGCCUGUUGACUGCCUGGACGGUCGCACACCUUAUCUUCGCAGGAUCGAUGAUCUUCGCACCAUUCGUCACAUCGCUACGCUUCGCAACAACUCUGGUAGCGGUCUGUGGAAUACCAUGGGCACUUGCCUGCUGGGCUCCCUUUACCUUUAUGGGGGUUGAAAUCAACAAACUUGGUAGCAGCUUGCCUACCUCAAGACGCGGCAGUCAUCAUUAUCAGAGAGUUUCUGAUGGCUCUAUCGAGAUGAGCUCCGAGGCUAGGAAUGUAGAGAAGUCCGAUGAAUCUGCCACUGGCGAGCUUGCUGGUAUUUAUCUGGGCAUCCUAAAUCUCUAUACGACACUACCCCAGUUCAUUGCUACUGGUAUCUCAAUGGUGGUGUUCACAGUUCUUGAGCCUGGCAAAAGCCCAGAACUCGCAAAGGACGCGCACCCUGAUGAGCAUCACAGUACAGAGGGGUUCAAUGGCAUAGCUGUGUGUUUGUUCAUUGGAGCUUUGUGCUCCAUUGCGGCUGCAGUCGCAACUCAGAGGUUCAAGAAUACUGCAUAG